GAGCAGCUCUCUAAGUGUCUAUAGGACGUAUUAGUAUGCAUAAAAAUCAAAGGCUAAUGCUGAUUGGGUAAUACAACUUUAGUGCCGGACCCCUGCAAUCCUGCAAUAGAAGCUAGGUACCUUCCUCUACAAACACUCACUUUUCUUCGACCGUCCUGUCAUCGUCACCCAAACAAAUACCGCUCUCACCUUCGUUCCACACAAAACCUCGCGCCUCGCUUCAUUUUCAAUUGGCACGCAUUGAAUACAAUGGCGGACCCGCAACCCGCACCAGGUCUCUCCUUCCCGACGAAUCCCCAAGAGUUCGAGCACGACGAACGCAUCUCGUUUUCGAAGCUCGACAACAAAUACAUCGCGGUGCAGGACGACGGCAGCGAGUUCGAGUGGGACGCCCAGCUGAAGCGGUGGAUCCCCGUGCUGGACGAGGAGCUGCUCGCGCAGCAGCAGUCGGCGUACGGCGGCGGUGCGGCGAGCCCAGAUGACGAUAGUAGCAACGUGCCGAACAAGAAGCGCAAGAAGGGCCACGCGAACGGCGGCGGCGACCGAUCGGGCGCGGGAGAGGGCGACGGAAAGGAAAACCAGAAGCAGCAGCGCCCGCAGAAGCGGCAGAAGCAGCCGCCGCAGCCGCGCCAGAACACGGCUAUCUACGUCACGGGCUUGCCGCUCGACGUCACGGUGGACGAGGUGCACGAGGCGUUCUCGCGCAAGUGCGGCGUCAUCGCCGAGGAGAUCGACAGCGGGCGGCCGCGCAUCAAGCUAUAUACGGACGAGGCCGGCAACUUCAAGGGCGACGCGCUGAUCGUGUUCUUCAAGCCGCAGAGCGUCGAGAUGGCCAUCAUGCUGCUCGACGACACCGACUUCCGCUUCUCGCCCUCGGGCCUGCCGAGCGGCAAGAUGCGCGUCCAGGCCGCGGACUCGAGCUACAAGAAGACGCACUACGAGCGCGAGGGAGAAGGGGGCGAGGGCAAGGAUGGCAGCGGCAACGGUGGUAAGGCCGGCGGCGGCGCGGAGGCCGAGAGCGAUCGCAGCAACCACAUCACCGGCGCCGGCAAGCCGCGCGACCGCACCCGCGAGCAGGAGAAGCAGAAGAUCAUCAAGCGGACGCAGAAGCUGGACGCGAAGCUCGCGGACUGGGACGACGACGAGGGCCCGUACGGCGCACAGCUCGAAACCGCGGCGCGGCGCGACCGCGUCGUCGUCCUGCGCCACAUGUUCACGCUCAAGGAGCUGGACGAGGACCCGGCCGCAAUGCUGGAGAUCAAGGAGGACAUCCGCGAGGAGUGCUCCAAGCUCGGGCCCGUGACCAACGUCGUCCUGUACGAUCUGGAGGAAGAGGGGAUCGCGAGCGUCAAGUUCAAAACCCCCGAGGCCGCCGAGGCGUGCGUGAACCUGAUGGACGGCCGCGCGUUCGACGGCCGCACGGUAAGGGCUACGAUAGCGACGGGCCGCGAGAAGUAUAGGAGGUCCGGCAAGAAGCAAGACGAGGACGUGGAGGGCGAAGAUAGCGACGAUUGAGAGCGUGGAAGAGCACGUAUUAAGGACCUAAAAGGACUAGAGAGAAUGAUAGUCCCUACCUACGUAAACUAUCUAUGCUGUGUGUAUUAUGUAUUAUGACUUGAGAAAAAAGAAGUCACGAUGUACGAUUGCGAUUGCGAUUGCACUGCGAGGGGCAAGGGGUUCUUGACUCUGCACGAUGACAUAAUUACAAAUGACUAACUAGGGAAUCUCUCAAAACGUGCGUCUCGUGAGACGGGAUUCUGCGUGGGUGGUUGGGUGGUUGGGAAUACCUUCAUAGUUAAUCAAGCAUAUUGUCCUAGAUGGUUUUCAAUUAAGAGCUGAGUAAAUUUGAUCGAAUAGCUACAUACGCCAUUCUC